CCUGGCGGCGGAAGUGAGCGCGCAACGGCCGGAAGUGGUUGUGUUGGAGCAGUGCCGGGGCCGGCAACAGGGAUGGGCGAUGUGGCGGUUGGGCGCGGCCUGGGCGAGGCCCGGUGCGCUGCGAGGGGCCCGGGGCUGGCGGGGCCGGGGUCGGGGUAGCGGGGCGGCAGGGGCCUCCUGUGCGGGUGAAGCGGCCGCGGGCUCCCCGGCGGGCGGGCUGGCUUUGGGCUCCCGGCCCGGCCCGAGCGGUGCUGGCGGCUAUAAACGCCUCAUAAAAGAAGAUGGUAGGAAGACAGUUGUAUGUGUUGAGGGGAACAUUGCAAGUGGAAAAACAACAUGCCUGGAUUAUUUUGCACAAACUACUAACAUUGAGGUUUUGACAGAGCCGGUGGCAAAGUGGAGAAAUGUUCGUGGGCAUAAUAUCCUGGGCUUAAUGUACCAAGAUGCAUCAAGAUGGGGGAUAACAUUACAGACUUACAUACAGCUUACCAUGUUGGAGCAGCAUACCAGACCAAUGAUAUCCCCCGUAAGAAUGAUGGAGCGAUCAAUUCACAGUGCAAGAUAUAUUUUUGUAGAAAAUUUGUAUCGAAGCGGAAAAAUGCCAGAGGUGGAUUAUGUUGUCCUAAGUGAAUGGUUUGACUGGAUCCAGAACAACACUGACGUUUCGGUUGAUUUGAUAGUUUAUUUGCAGACUUCCCCUGAAGUUUGUUUUGAGAGGUUAAAGAGAAGGUGCAGAGAAGAGGAAAAGCUCAUUCCUCUGGAGUAUUUAGAAGCUAUUCAUCAGCUCUAUGAAGAGUGGCUCAUUAAACAUACACUAUUUGAAGUUUCUUGCCCAGUGCUUGUUAUUGGAGCUGAUCAUGACAUACAGAAAAUGAUAGAGAAGUAUGAAGAAAACAGGGACCAGAUACUAAACCCAUCUAAUAUGCAACACCAUUUAUAGAAGACUGCAGUUGCUGUAUUUUAUAAAACAUGUUUAUGAAGUCUGCUUUAAGGGCAAUUUUGAGUAUUAUAAGUAUUUCUAAAUAUAAUGGGUUUUGGUUUUGAAUUACGCUUUGUGGAAUGUUCAGUGGACUUAGUGCUGUGAAAUGUUCAGAUAUGAGUCAUAAACAGAAUAUAAGUUAAUUCCCUUUCAUGUUUUUAGGUUCUCUAUCAGCUUUACUGUGCUAGUUUUACUCAGCUAAAAUGUCAGUUUUCUCCCAUUUCCCACUUCACUGCUGCUUUGUAUAAGUAACCAAUUCUUUUUUGAUCCCCAAAGACAACCCUAUUUUUAUAAUUUGAAAGAAAGAGUUCCAUACAAGAAGUGGGAUGUCCUUUUUUACUAUUAGUGGAAGCAAACGAAGUUUCAAGUUAAAGCAUCAAGUUAAAGUAGCUUUGUUAAAUAGGUCUGUUCAGGUUGAAAAAGGGGGUCUUACUCUUAAUCCUACCUAUGCUAGUGCAGUUUCAUUGAAUUCAGUAAAUUUCUUCUGCUUUGCAUGAAAUCACAACGUAGUUGUUCUGAGGAUAACUAUGCAACAGUAUAGUCCCACUGAAUUCAGUGGCAAAAAAAGACAAACAGUUUUCAGAAGUGAUUGCAGAGUGGCUCUGAGGCUUUUUUUAAAAAAAGGCUAGUUUCUCUAUGGUGCUCAUUAAAUCACUGGCCCUGCUAUGGCUUAGUUAGGACUAGUUAAAAUACAGGGUGCAUAGAAGUGUAUUUGUUGUUCUUUUCAAAUGGUUAUAAAAAUCCUAGAGUUAAUUGAUCUCUUUAACUAUUUUGGAUUCUUCAGUUCUUUUUUUUUUUUUUUUACAAAGAAAAAUACAGAUGGUUGGCUGGGUUGAUAUCUUGAUCAGUUUAUUGUGACUUACAGGUAUUUGGACAGCAGAGAAAAAUAAUGGGGAUUUCAUCAUUAGCUAAAGGGUUGAGUUGCCCUUAAUUUCUGUUUGACCUCAGUAUUGUUUUUAAGAUAAUCCUUUUAAUGUAGUAGUUCUGACUGUUUUCAUGUUGCUUUGUCUGUUUGAUGGGAACAAUUCCUGAAGUACAGUGUAUAUAUAUAGAUUUUUUUUUCUGUAAUAGUUUUCGUUGGUUUAAUUGUUGCAAGCAUGGUUAGCAGUGCUUAAAAACACACAGUUGAGCAUCUGUCAUGCCUUUGUAGUGAAUGCUUCUGAAAAUGGCUAACAUCCAGGACUUAAGUGAUCAAAGUACUAAUUGACUGCAGACAUUUGUCUGGAAUACAAAUUUUCAGUUACGUGGCUUUUCCCUGUUCCACCUGAUUUUGAACAAUAUCUGAUGGUGUCAGUUUCAGAAUCACUUCACUGCUUUUAUUUCAGUUUUGUGUGGACUGUUUUUGUGGUGUGUCUAAAAAGCAUUGUAUUCAAAUUAUUGCUUUCCAAGUCAGGAAAUGCAGUUCUUGUCUUGUUAUUGCCAUAUUUCCAUUUUCCCCUCUCCUCCCCCACCAAAUCAUUACAACUUAAUAAUCACUACUGCACUGAGAGAUCAUUUCCUAGUGAAGUACUAGAUUAGUAUACUAAAGCUUGUGAACCAAGUGCUGCCAUUCUAUUGUUCUGUUUUAAAUCUUAAGAAUUCUAGCUUAAACAUAAGAUUUUGUGUGUUAAAUAAUUAUCUUAUUGAAGCUUAUUUGUUAGGGGGAUUGUAGUAAUUCUCUAAAUGAUUAAACAUUCAUCUUUUUUCUUCUGUGACCAAAAGAACUAUUUCUUUGGAAAUAGUUUUAUAAAUUUGAAGUUCAGUCACCUGCAGUUUGUUCUUGAUUGUAAUUUCAUUAUGGGUUGUAUUAGCCUAGGAUGUAUAUUUUGCAAACAGUUCAAUUGAUUUGUACAGAUUAUCUUAUAGUACAAAAAAUGUCACUGUUACCUUUAUGAUUUUUGGUUAGAUCCCCCAUCCCCUUACUAUGUCAAACCAGUAGUUUGGAUGGAGGUUACUGAUAUUCACAGCUAUAAUGGAAUAUAUAGAUGGAUCAUUUAUGUAACUUAUUUAUUAAAAAACCAGAUGUGAUUGCUACAGAUAGCAGGUUUGUUUUGCUAUCUAGUAUUUUUGUGUAUAGAUUUUCUUAUUCAGGAAGGUUGGGGUAUUUAAUGAAAACUGAGAAUAAAAACCAAACAAAUUUCUUGUUAUGUGUCACAAAUUUAAAAUGUUUGCUGUCUGCUACAGAUGUAUAGAUAAAAAUACUUCAGGAGUCAUAAGUAACUGUUUAAAGCCUGGAAUCUGGAAUUUAUUUGCUUUUCUGCCUUGAAAUCUCUCAGUUGAUGACAAGAGGGGAAGAAGGGUAAUCCGCAUUAGUCUGCACAAGAAGCAGGCUCAGGAGAUCUUCGUUGUUUGAUUAAACUUUUCAGAACUGACUGUCCAAAACUACAAGCUGUGAGAAACCUUGAAAAUUGCUUUCACCAGUGUAAUUACCACACAGACUACUGCCAAUACCAGGGAACAAUCCAGCAUCUCUCUUCAGUGCACCUCAUCCUGCAGAAAGAAGUGCUGGGUAUUCUGAUGUCAGUUGUUCUGAAGACUCAGACCUAAGCUGUCAUUACUCUCCUGAAAAUGGCUGUCCUAGCAAGUUACCAUCCUGUUUCAUGACUUGGAGAAUCCAAUCCUUCUUGUAAUAUGUGGAGGUUUAAGUAAACAUUGUGUAUUUCUAAAGCAGGAUGAAGUUGGGUCAAAUUAUGGUGGUGUUUUUUCCACCCCCCAGCAUUUGAGGGGGCUGAAAGUUACAGGCCUUUUUGAAGAUGAAAAGUUUAGUUUUAGAGCAAAACCUAGCAGUUGGUACACUAAUUCCUACUAAUUGAUUGGCAUUACUAAAGAGAAAUACAGUCUUAAGUCUUU